AUGGAGCGGUGGCGCGACCGCCUCGCCCUCGUGACGGGCGCCUCGGGGGGCAUCGGCGCGGCCGUGGCCAGGGCCCUCGUCCAGCAGGGAGUGAAGGUGGUGGGUUGCGCCCGCACCGUGGGCAACAUAGAGGAGCUGGCUGCCGAAUGUAAGAGUGCAGGCUACCCCGGGACUUUGAUCCCCUACAGAUGUGACCUGUCAAACGAAGAGGACAUCCUGUCUAUGUUCUCGGCUAUCCGCUCUCAGCACCGCGGUGUGGACAUCUGCAUCAACAAUGCUGGCCUGGCCCGGCCCGACACCCUGCUCUCAGGCAGCACCAACGGCUGGAAGGACAUGUUCAAUGUGAAUGUGCUGGCCCUCAGCAUCUGCACGCGGGAAGCCUACCAGUCCAUGAAGGAGCGGAAUGUGGAUGACGGGCACAUCAUUAACAUCAACAGCAUGUCUGGCCACCGAGUGGCACCCCAGUCUGUGACCCAUUUCUAUAGUGCUACCAAGUAUGCCGUCACUGCACUGACAGAGGGACUGAGGCAAGAGCUUCUGGAGGCCCAGACCCACAUCCGAGCCACGUGCAUCUCUCCAGGAUUGGUGGAGACACAGUUCGCCUUCAAACUUCAUGACAAGGACCCUGAGAAGGCAGCUGCCACCUAUGGACACAUAAAGUGUCUGAAACCUGAAGAUGUGGCCCAGGCUGUCAUCUAUGUCCUCAGCACCCCCCCACAUGUCCAGAUCGGAGACAUCCAGAUGAGGCCCACGGAGCAGAUGACCUAG